AAACCGUCUUACCUACGUCAUUUAAAAUGGAUAGUCAUUACUGGACGGAAGUGUGUGUUCAGAUUUUAAAUGAAGAUUAUGAGGACACACACAUUUAAAAUGAGAAUGUCCCAGAUUGAUAGACUAUUUACAAUAAACGCUAAAAUAUUUCAUGUAAAAAUCGGCUCUGUCAUUUGUAAUUUAGCUGGAACUUUAAAGACUAUUUUAAAAUGCGUUAAGCACCGUAAAAUAUGAAUGAUAACUUCUCAUUUUACGAAUGACGAGCUCAGAUAUUUUUAACGAAGUGUAACUAUUGGCCGAGCACAUCCUAUGAAGUUGUCGAUCAGAUUAAUUGUAGCCAAUCGCUGUUACGGGUUUUGUCGCGUCCGUAUAUCCGAUUGGCCCGAGUCGCGCUGACGCCUUGCGUGACGUCAUCACUGGCAUCCAAGCAACUGCAGCUUGUGAGAGUAAUAUGGCGAACAUCAGAAGUGUCAAGGGUAUGGUAGGUCUGGUGACAGGAGGAGCUUCUGGUUUGGGGAGAGCCACUGUGGAGCGACUUAUAAGUCAGGGGGCCAGCGCUGUGAUCCUAGACCUGCCCAGCUCAGAUGGUCACAAACUCGCUGCUUCACUUGGGGAGCGUUGUGCGUUUGCCCCAACUGAUGUCACAUCUGAGUCAGAUGUGAAAUCGGCCGUUGAUUUGGCCAAGGAGAAAUAUGGAAAGGUGGACUUGGCGGUGAACUGUGCUGGAAUAGCUGUGGCUGUAAAAACCUACAACUUCAAAAAGGAUCUUCCUCACAGUCUGGAGGAUUUCACCCGUGUUAUCACUGUAAACAUUGCUGGGACGUUUAAUGUGAUCAGACUGGCUGUAGGGGAGAUGGGGAAAAAUGAGCCCGAUGCUGAUGGGCACAGGGGUUGUAUCAUCAACACAGCCAGUGUUGCUGCUUUUGAUGGGCAGGUGGGCCAAGCUGCAUACUCUGCUUCUAAGGGUGGGAUUGUGGGAAUGACUCUUCCCAUUGCCCGGGACCUUGCACCAAUGGGGAUUCGUGUUGUCACCAUUGCCCCAGGCCUGUUCUCCACGCCCCUGCUUGCAGGAUUACCCGAGAAAGUUCAGAACUUCCUGGCAAGGCAGGUGCCUUUCCCCUCACGUCUGGGAGAUCCAGCUGAGUUUGCACACCUUGUGACUGCGAUAGCAGAAAACCCCAUGAUUAAUGGUGAAGUGAUUCGCUUGGAUGGGGCCAUUCGCAUGCAGCCUUGAAGGAAAUGCUGGGAAAAAAGAAAUCGUGGAGAGACUAAGUAUGGUAACAUUUGGAAAACCACAUUGGGAAGUGCUCUAUAGUUGAAUUUUCAACAAAAUACAUAGUAAAAAUGUCAGGAUUCGUUGUGUGCAAGUGAAUCUCUGUAUAACUGACAUGCCAUUUCUUACCAGAUUUUUACACCUUUUAGUCUGCGUAUUAAUUUACUGACUGUAUUUAUGAAACACCUGCCACUGUGAUGCAAUAGUGACUGUUCACAUACAUUUAGAUGAUAAUGUGUCCCUGUGGUAAAAACUGGAUUUGAAGACCGAUCACAUCUUUUGACUAGCCAUCUUUUGAUUAAUGUUUGAAAAUGCCUAAAGUGUAAUAAUACAUUCAUAAGGAGAGUUAUGAUAAAUAGCAGCUAUGUAUUUGCUGAAUGUCUUUUUGUGUGUAAAAUAAAUAUAUGUAAAGCAUAACUGCGUUAUAAUAAAUAUUUUAGUUGCAAAUCA